GUAAAACAUGCAAUUUUCUUUACAGAACCAACAGUCCGUGCAGAAUUAAUGGAACAGGUACCUCAUAUUGCCAUAUUCUGCCAAGAGAAUAGACCUUGUAUUCCUUAUGCUUUCUCCAAAUACCUGUUGCCCUUUAUGGUUAGAUGCCUUGCAGACCCUAACAACCAGGUGAGGAAGACCAGCCAGGCAGCAUUGCUGGUGGUGUUAGAACAAGAAAUAAUCGAAAGAUAUGAUGUUGAAACUAAAGUAUGUCCUGUUCUCUUGGAUCUAACUGCACCUGAAAGCAAUGAUGAUCUGAAAACAGAAGCUGUAGCAAUAAUGUGUAAAAUGGCUCCCAUGGUCGGAAAGGCAAUCACCGAAAAAUAUAUACUGCACCGGUUCUGUGAGAUGUGCUGUGACUGCCGGAUGUUCCACGUUCGUAAGGUGUGUGCUGCCAAUAUUGGAGAUAUAUCUAGUGUUGUUGGUCGUGAGGCCACUGAAAGGUUGCUGUUACCUAGGUUUUUCCAGCUCUGCUCUGAUAAUGUAUGGGGAGUGCGGAAAGCAUGUGCUGAAUGCUUUAUGGACGUUUCUUGUGCAACGUCUCAAGAAAUUCGAAGAACGAAACUAUCUUCACUCUUCAUUAAUCUGAUCAGCGACCCUUCACGAUGGGUUCGUCAAGCUGCCUUUCAGUCAUUAGGGCCUUUCAUCUCAACCUUUGCUAGCUCUUCAGGUGCUGGCCAUUACUUCAAAGAGGAAGAUGUGCUUUCUUCCAAGAAUGUGUUGGAGAGCCAAGGGACAGAAAACAAUAAUAGUGCAAAAUGUGCAGCAGAACCAACAAAAGGUGCAGAUGGAACCAUGGAUAAUCUUGAAACAGAAGAACAAACGCCAGGCUUUAACUGCAGUACUGUGGGAUCAGUAAAUACAGCUACUGAACUCUCUUCAAAAAAUGAGCAUAACACUGACAGCAAAUGUAGUAGUGAUGCCAGUCAUUCCCAGGCAAUGUCAUUGCAGUUGCAUUCUGAUUCUCAUGUAUGUACUAAAUCUGAAUCAUCUGAAGGAAGCAGAGUGCUCAAUGUAAGUCAGUUACCAAAUUCAGACUCUGCAGAUCCAAGUCCAUCUUCAAAAGAAUCUGGGUCCAGUUCAGAAAAGACUGUCAUUCCGGAGGACAUGUUUAACUCAUUCCAUUACUGGAGGACUCCUAUCCCUACUAUAGAUCUUGAUUUGGAACUAGAGCUGCCACAAUGUUCAGAUAAGCAAAAAAGUAAAGAAUUAAUGCAAGAAGAAGCACUAACAGACUGUCCAAGCUUCAGCACAGCUACUAGAAAGGAACUGGAAGAGAUGCUGGAAAACUUAGAGCCGCACAUAGAUGACCCUGAUGUAAAAGAGCAUUCCCAUCCCUCCUCUAAACAAAGAAGAGGGAGAGGCAAGGUUCAGAGGAGAGAGAGCAUCGUGAGAAGAAGCGAGAGUUCCAGUGGGUAA